UGUCACUAUGGUGAAUCGCUACACAGUACGUAAUAUUCGUUUUGUGUUAUCUCGACGGGAUGUUUAGAAGAUAGCGAAAGUUUAAUAACAGUUAAAUAAUUGUGAAUAAGACGUGUCCUGAUUAACGAGUAGUUGGCAAUAAUCGUCGUAGAAAGAAAGAAAUUGAAACAGUUUCAGAUCAAGUCAGAGGAAAAUUUUAAAGCUUAAAAAAUGCCGAACAUAUCCAGUAUAUCUCAUUACUCCUUAAAGGUACCGAAAGAAAGGAAAACGAUAUUCAAAUCUGCCGCGUAGCGGCAGUGGUGCAAAUCAACGGAGGAAGAGUGGCGCCACUGAUGGACUAUAAGAGCUGCAUCGGUGAGGCGGUGUGGUUCAGUAGUGUGCGUGACCGUUCCGGGAGGAGGGUGGCUCCACGCGCGGCCACACCGCGAAACCGUGCCCACUCGCCUCAACCACGGACGUCCACUCGUUUGCUCGUCUCGUGAAAACAUGGCGGCCAGCGACGACGAGCCGAUGCAUCUCUACGAGGUCUUUCAAAACUGCUUCAAUAAGAUCGCCAACAAGCACCCCGAAAAAUUAGGCUUCCAGUCGCCGUAUGGCCCCACGAUGGACAACGGAAUGACGUAUGGUGGAGGAACGUUCGGUCCAACAGCAGGAGGACCAGGUGGGGGGCCAGGGGGAGGUGGCGGUGGCGGGGGCGGCGGGGGUGGCGGUGGAAGUGGUGGUGGCGGUGGCGGUGGAGGCGUCGAGGGCGCCACUUACCCCCCGGAUUCCCCGUACUUCCCGUUUGGGAGCCGAGGCGUACCGCCCUCCGUGGGGACGCCCACCCCCGCUGCCAAUCUUGCAGCACCCACCGGCACCAACGGAGCACGGUUACCAAAUUCGACUGCCGGUGCUGCAGCAGUGAAAAGGAAGAAGGACCAGGCCCUCGACGGAACGGAUGGCGAAGUCGUAACAACGCAGCAUUGGUAUGGCUCGGAUGAAUUUGGGCAAGACUCUCCGAGAUACACCUCUCCUAAAGCUGCAGCCCUUUACGCAGAUCCCUAUUACAUCGAUGGAAACACCGCAGGAACGGGUCCCGGUGACCCAUGGACAGGAGGCGGGGGUGGCGUACAGCCCCCGUACAGUGGAUACGCACCUCCUCACCUGGCUCAACCAGCCUACCCCAUGCACCUACCCCACGACCCCAUGGCGUAUUCUGCCAUGUCGCCAAACGGAGAACCGGCGGCGCCGAUUCUGGGCUCGGCGGUGACCAGUGCGGCCUCACUGCCACCAAUGUCGACAUUCCGGGGUAGCGGCGCAGUUGCGGCAAAUAACGGUACCGGUGCACCAUCCCCGGCAUCAUUGCAAUAUAGUCAUAGUCCUGGUGCACCGACCACCGCACCCCCCGCCCCCAAUUCUGCUCCCACGUCGAACCAACAACCCACCACGGGGGAUAACCUCGGCAAGACUCUCGCAUCUGUAGUAAGCACCAGAAUUUAUCCCACGGACCAAUCAGUAUCGAGUUAUAGCAGCAACCCAUCCACACCAGUGAGUUCGCCACCACCUUUGACAGGUUCAGCGCCAGGCUGGGCACCAGGUGCUGCGCCAGUUUCUCCACAUUUCACGGCGGAUCCCAACCGUGGAACCAUUCACAUGCCGGCGCCUGAACAGCAGAGUCUAGACGAUGCCAUCGGCUUCCUUCGCGACCACGCCGAGUUGGUACAGGGUACGCGGAUGGAGGAACGACUGGACGAUGCCAUAAACGUGUUGAGGAAUCACGCGGAGAGCCAAUUAGGACUUCAUUUAAGUCCCGUUGGUCCACACGGUUCCAUCUAUUCCCACACAUCGCCACCUCAAUUGGACCACCUGACGAGUCCUCAUCCUGCGGUAACAGUAACGCAACCUCAGGGUUCUUAUUCUGGUCUUACACCCACGCCCGACACAGACGGUUCCAUCAAAAUCGAAAGGUUACCUGUAACAAAUGCCAAAUACGUCUCUUUAGAAAAGAGAAAGGACCCGCCGGACAGCAGCGGCGGUGAGACGAAACCUUCGAGCAGCGAGCUGGCUGCAGCUGGCGUGAUUGGCGCGGCCACGGUCAACUCUACGUCUCAGGGAAAAGGGACGAAGAGAUCGCGUAGAUAUUGUUCGAGCGCCGAGGACGAGGAUGAUGAUCCCGACGUGAAGGCACAAAGGGAGAAAGAGAGGCGGCAGGCGAACAAUGCUAGGGAAAGGAUACGUAUCAGAGACAUCAACGAGGCAUUAAAGGAACUUGGUAGAAUGUGCAUGACGCAUCUGAAGACGGACAAACCUCAGACGAAACUGGGUAUCCUGAACAUGGCUGUUGAGGUGAUCAUGACACUGGAACAGCAAGUUAGAGAACGAAAUCUUAAUCCAAAGGCAGCGUGCUUGAAGAGGAGGGAAGAGGAGAAAGCAGAGGAUGGGCCUAAAUUACCUGGACAUCUAGCAGCGCACAUAGCUCAUCCACAUCCUCACCCACACGCGCAUUCUCAGCCACCUUUCUCUGCAAUGCCUGGCCCACCACCGCCGCUUCAACACAAUCCAUCGCAGCCGCAGUAGCAGCGGCUCAGUGGCAGUAUGAUCCUGUGUUAAGGGGUAGAUACGGCUUAAAAUUGUCAUAGGACUUUUCGAAGUUUUGCGGGACUUGAACAUACAGAUUGGACUUUUCUUCACCGUGCCAGUUAUAGGAGUAAAAGAAAUUAAGGAUAUUACGAGGUGUACGUCGAGAGAUUUAUUCUUCGAACGCGUAUUAACGCACUACGGAUGCGAGAAAGCUUGACCGCUGCUUAGAAGACGCCAAAGCGAGCGUUGUUGAAAGGAUGCUGCGCUUCCGAGGCAAAGAACGCAACUGUGUACGUGUGAUCUAAGUGCGAACGUGUUAACCGGUAAUAUCCAUAGUUUUUCUUACCGAUUUUCAUAGACGCGUACAAGGAACUGCAAAGAAAUAGAGUCUUCUGUAUGUCGAUGUGAAUGUUUAGAGAAAGAAAAAGAAAAGAGGAAAGAAAGAGCGGGUGCUUUUAAGAAGCAUCUACCCCCCUCCCACUCCCCGACGGCGGCUUGAAAUUAUUUUUAUAAAUAGCGAGAAAACAAAGGAAUAUGGUUCCUCUCUUUCGAGAUGUAAGAAGCGUGUAAGUAGCGCGAUCGAGAUUUUAUCGAAACGAUCGAUCCCCGCUACCAAUACACCCCGACUCUUGUUGAAAUUGCCCAUUUUUUUUGUGUAUGUAAUCUAUCGAGAUACGUUGCGUUAUGUUGUACGGAGCGGUAGCUCUAAAAGGUGCACUCUUGACAUGGCAAACGACGAGAGAAACGUUGACAAUAACCGAGGAUGAUCGUAAUGAACGGCGUGCUUCGUGAGCUCAUCGUUUUCACUCUCAUUGUAUCGGAUCGUUUCCAUCUUUCUCUCCGAUCGUUUUCGAAUUCAGUAGUGUUUCUAGGAUUCUCGUAGCUCGUGUAAAUAUACAAAGACCACAAGACGGAAAGAACCGCGAGUUUUUUUACGAUGGUACUCGGUGAUUGGUGACGAAAACUGUACAUAAAAGAGACGACUGUUUCGCGAGCGUUCAGUGUGAAUCGAGGUCGCAUGAUGUUCGUUCUGGCAAAUUUUCUGUACUUACGCGUAUGAACAGAAUUGAUAAAAAAGAUCGUUGGAAUAACGGUCGACGAGAAGUAAAAAAAAAAAAAAAAAAAAAAAAAAAAAAAAAAAAGAGAAAGAAAGAAAGGAAAAGGAUGGAUAAUAUGAAAGGAGAAAUUCACGUUGAACGGUGCAGGUACGAUAGAAUCGUUUCUCCGUUAGCGGUUCGGACCAUGAGGAAACGCGAGAAAAUUAUAAAGCACAAGUGCAAGGUUUCAGUAAAAAUGCAGUAUGUAUAGGUUAACGAUAGGGGAAAAGAAGGAAGGAAAAACAAAAGGAAAAAGAAAUGAACGAAUUACCUACCCAUCGAACACGGAAAAAGUUCAAACAUAUCUCUCGCAUAAUUGUAUAUAUACAGCAGUAACGU